GCGUAACUAUUCUUUAGUCCUGGAGAGAAAACUAUUCAUCCGAUUAAAGUUUUUUUUACAGUGUAUACUUGUCAUGUGAAAUAAACAUUGUAUGCCAAAUUUGAGCUUCUGGCGCCAUCUAUCAUAGGAGUUAGGUACCCAAAUGUGAUUUUGACACACUCGCUUACUUGUUUUCACUCAUUUAGUCUGCCAUUGUUAAUAGUGAUAAACGGUGGGAAAAAAUUUCGGGUAAGUGUUUUCUAAAGUCAAAUUUAGUGCUGAACACGAAUAUCAUAAUGGAUUUUCGAUAUUCUAUUGUUCAAAAAUUUUACAAGUGUUUUUUCAAAAAAUGGUCCGGUGGGGCGUAACUAUUCUUUCACUGACGACAGCGAAAACUACAAAACAGUGUAUGUUUUUUGUGUGUUUGUUUUUAGGUUAGAAUGGUAAGACAUUGGAAAAGAAAAAAUCCUCCAAUUAACAAAGAAGAUUUGGAAAAAGCAAUUAAGGAAGUAUCAAAAGGUAAAACAAUAAAAGAAACAGCAAAAGAAUUUGGUUUAUGCUAUGGGACUUUACGUUUUCAUUGCAUCAAUAUUCCAACUUGUGUAAGCAAACGACCAAGAGUUUUAUCACCAGUUCUGCAAGAAGCAUUGUCUGAGAUAAAGGAAGGAAUGAGUAUAAAUAAAGCGUCGAAAAAUUUUGAAUUAAACUACGAAACACUGCGUAUUGCAGCGAAAAAAGAAAAUGUUGAAAUAAAUAAAUUUAGACAGGUUUUCACAAAUGAGCAAGAAAAUGCAUUAAUGGUUCACUUACUAAAGUCUUCUGAAAUAUUUUACGGUCUGACAACUGGAAAUGUCCGUUCGCUUGCAUACGAUUUGGCCAAAAAACUUAACAUCUUCAUGCCAGAAAGUUGGAAAAUAAAUAAGAUGGCCGGCAAAGAUUGGUUGCAAAGUUUCAUGAAACGUCAUCCUAAUUUAUCACUUAGAAAACCACAAUCCACAAGCUUAGCUAGAGCAUCGGCAUUUAAUCGACACAAUGUUGAUUCAUUUUUUCUCAACUUAAAUAAAGUGAUGGAUGAGGUGCGGUUCGAUCCUGGAAAUAUAUGGAAUAUGGAUGAGACUGGCUUAUCCACAGUUCAUCAGCCUGGUCGUGUUGUGGCACAGCGAGGCGCCAAACAAGUUAGCAAAAUGACAUCAGGCGAACGUGGCACUUCAAUUACAAUUGCGGUUGCAGUAUCAGCUACGGGAAAUAAGACACCGCCAUUUUUCAUUUUUCCACGUGUUCGCAAUAAGCCGGAAUUUUUGCGUAAUGCACCGAAUGGUUCUCGCUCAGCUGCAAAUGGUUCUGGAUGGAUGACAAAAUCCACAUUUCUCGAUUUUUUGAAUCAUUUCCAGAAAACUGCUCAUUCAUCUCCGCAGAACCCAACUCUGUUAUUGUUCGACAAUCACGAAUCGCACAUUUCAAGCGAAGCGAUGCAGUUUUGCAUCGACAAUGGGAUUCAUGUAGUGUCAUUUCCACCACAUUGCACGCACAAGAUGCAACCACUAGAUCGCAGUGUUUUUGGACCAUUUAAAAAGGCCAUUACUGUAGCUUGCGAUGAUUGGAUGCGACGCUAUGUUACAAACAUUACCAUCCACAACUUAGCAGAAAUUAUAAAAGAACCAUUUAUUCGAGCAUUCACACAUUCAAAUAUCGAAGAAGGGUUUCGCUGCACCGGUAUCUAUCCGCCAAAUUCAAACAUUUUCUUUGAUAGCGAUUUUGCACCAUCUAGUGUCACUGACCGACCACUAAUAAAUGUGACUGACAUUGCAGCAGAAUGUGAUAUUGAAGACGAUUUGCAAGAAAGAGAAAUAGAUGGAGCGAAUUUAAUCGAAUUAGACUCUCUAAAUUUGGACGAAACUAUUCAAAACAUCAUGCCGUUUCCGAAAGCACCAGCUCGAAAAGAAACUGCACGUGGUCGCAGACGUGGUAGAACCCAAAUAUUAACCAGCCCCGAAGUUAUGGGAGAAAUUCGAAGAAAAGAAGCGGAAAUUAUAGCGAAAAAACGUGAAAUUGGACGAGGACGACCUCGUGGGCGACCUCGUGGAAGUGGGCGAAAUAUAAAUUCAACUGCUGGCUGCAAUUCAAAUAUAAGCCCUGAAAUUGUAGAAGUAAUUCUAAACGAAGAAGUGGAAAUUACGGCGCAAAAUCGUGGAACUGGACGAGGACGACCUAGUGGACGACCUUGUGGGCGACCUCGUGGGCGACCUCGUGGAAGUGGGCGAAAUAUAAAUUCAACUGCUGGCUGCAAUUCAAAUAUCAACCCUGAAAUUGUAGAAGUAAUUCUAAACGAAGAAGUGGAAAUUACGGCGCAAAAUCGUGGAACUGGACGAGGACGACCUAGUGGACGACCUCGUGGACGACCUCGUGGAAGUAUGCGAAAUAUUAGCCCAAUUGCUGGGCCCAGUUCAAAUAUCAGCUGCGAAAUUGGACGGGGACGACCUCGUGGUCGACCACGUGGAAGUGGACGUUCAAAAAAAAUACCUUCAUCUUCUGAGAGUGAUUUGGAUUUGAGUAUGGAGGAUAAGUGCUGCGUGUGCAAUAAAUCCAUUUCUUUAGGACUUUCCUAUCAAACAUGCGUAUCGUGUUUGGAAAAGGCACACGUUACAUGUUCAAGAAUUGAGUUAAACUGGGCUUGCGUCAAUUGUGUCUUAAGCGACGAAGAAAUGGACAUAUAAGAAAAUUUUUUUUAAUAUUUUAUGUUUUCUUAUUUCUUGAUAUAUUUUAUACAAUAAUAAAUUUUAUUACUGUUGGUAGUAGUUUUUAAUAUAUUGUAUAACUACAGAUAAAAAUUUGAUUUAAUUUGGAUAAUAAAAACAAUAUUUAUUGUAUUUUUUAGUAUUAUAUCAGUA